AUGUCGGAAGAAGCCUCCAGUCCUCCUACCAAAUUGCCUCGCCCUGUUAUUACCUGGAAGAAGUCCUUCAGCGACUGGAUCAACCAUGCCUGGCGUGGCAACUACUCAGAUGAACUUGUAGAAAGCAGGUUGCUUUCUAUACUUCCGUUUUUCCCUGAAUCAGACGGAACCAGGACUGCCAAGUUGAUCAACACCGACGUGGGAGACGGCAAGUACAUCCAUGAGCUCUUCAUUGAGAACAAAAACCCACCCAAUGAACAGUCUCCAAAGAACUUAGACGUAGUUCUUGUCCACGGGUACGCUGCAUCGCUUGGGCUUUUCAUCGACAACUUUGACUCGUUGUCGUCGAUUCCCGGAAUCAGAAUCCAUGCCAUCGACUUGCCAGGUUUCGGGUUCUCGUCCAGAACCAAAUUUCCAAAUUACUCCAAUUCCAAGGAAGAUAUCCUCAAGACCGAAGACUGGUUCAUAGACGGGAUUGAAGAAUGGAGGAAAAAGCGGAAAAUUAACAACUUCACGUUGUUGGGUCACUCGUUCGGUGGCUACUUAAGUUGUGCCUACACCUUGAAGUACAACAAGAACAACUUGAUCGAUAAAUUGGUUUUGAUAAGCCCUUGCGGUGUCGAGAGGAACAGAUAUUCUUUGCUCAAGAACAACCCUGCGCCAGGUGCAGACGACCAAGAUGUACAACUGCAAAAUGAAGCUGGCAUUGAACAACUUCCCGCAGGAGAACAAUCAAGAACGGGCCGGAUUUUCCAGUCCUUAUGGAACAGCGACGUUUCGAUCUUUUCGUUUGUCCGUAAUGCUGGACCUAUGAAAUCUAAAAUGAUGGGUGGGUGGACCACCUCCAGAUUUGGUCAUUUAUACUACCAAGACCCAAAGCACUUCCAGUACUUCCAUGACUACAUUUAUAGAGUGUUCAACGGAAAAGGUUCGGGUGAAUAUGCCUUGACUCGUGUCUAUGCAUUCUGGGCACUUGCAAGAUUGCCAUUGUUAGACAGGUGUCCUGAAAAGUUUGUGAACAUGAACUUGCCUACUCUUUGGUUGUAUGGAGAUCGUGACUGGAUGGAUUCCCAUGCUGGAUUGAGAAUGAAAGAAGAAAUUAAUGUGCUUUCUCAGAAAAGGUACAACAAAGAUUUAGCAUCCUAUGGUAUUAUUUCCCAUGCUGGUCAUCACCUUUAUCUUGACAACCCUACGGGCUUCAAUAAGCAAUUGUUCAAUUUCCUUAGAGCCCCCACACUGUAA